AUGUUCGAAAACUUCACAUUCGGCGCCCAGGCGCAAACAAAAUACGAGGGAGAUAUACCUGCCUCACCGACCGAUACAUCAUUCUCUUCUCCAGUCGAGGCCCCUCCACAAUAUUUCUCUCCAUUUGAUUCCUGGGAAUCAGGUCCUCAACAGCAAGGACUGAACGAUAUCGUACACCAAUUCAGCAACCACUCUCUCACGUUCGAAAGUGAAGAACCACAACGGUCAAUAUGGCACGAAACACGACUUUCCAGUCCAGAUUGCAACAUGGAUCCCUUCACGGAAGAAGAGUUAACCUACGUCUCAACAACUCGCGGCAUGACGAAAGUUCAGCACAAGACGCAUUCUUCUGCGCCUGACACACCUCUCAUGCCAUCUCCCAACAAUGGUUCAGUGGGCUGCAGACGCUUGCAAAGACAGCUGAACGUUCAAUUACAAAGUUGUUCGAAUCAUAUGCGGGACAUUAAUACAUUGGUCGAGGACAUGAUUACUAGCAACUCGCAAUGCAACUUGCACAAAUCUGCAUCAAGACAAUACCUCUCGAGUCCUCCACCUAGCAUACACGGCGAGGAAGAAGAUUUGGAGGUAGAUUUACUGGACUACGAAUCACGCCACAUAAGCGUAGACGAAGACGAGGGAUUUGGAGAUUACGAGGAACCGUCGUUUAUGAAAGACGAUCUUUCGCUCAGGAGAGCCAGCACACCCACUGGAAUCAGGAAAUACGGCGGGUUGAGAUAUAGAUCCAGCUCGGAAUCUGUAGGAGCUAAUGGGAUGACGUUGAACGGGAGGAUGAAAGUCAGAAGUCUUCCUAGGAUGAGGAAACGGAACAAGGUUGUCAGAGUACCGGAAUGA